AUGGUCUUGGUAGGCAAUUAUUCUGUCCAACUAGUCCAUGCCAAGACCAAGGAGCCAUUCAAGGAACAUUUAGGACCGGAUGGAGUGAUGUAUGCCGAGGUGGAACCAGGCAUGGACUACUUUGUGGAGCUGCAAGUGGUGGGAGGAGAUCCCAAAGCAACCAGUUUCUUUCGUCUCACCGUCGAUCGUCAAAGGCUCAACUAUGGCAGCUUUUACCGAAUGUCCAGUGGGAAACAGUACAAGGGCUUGGUGUAUCGAGAAAAGGGUGUGAGCGUCAAGAGAGCAUUUUCCUUUCAGAAGUGUUCUGCCAAGAACAGUGGCAAAGACGAUGAUGGAGCACCCGAAGUGACAAUUGGAGACGUGAUGGUAGAGAUCUCUGAGGCGAUUCGAUCCCAAGAAAAAACGAGAAAACCUGAAUUCUGGUAUCAACCCAUGACACCGCAACCCUCCCUUUCGCAGAGUGGCUGCAAUAAAGCUCUGAGAUCAAAGGAAGGAUAUCAUGCAGAACAACAAUCUGUUCAGCUGUACGGAUACAGCUACAAACCUGGAAAAUUACUGGAGACUGUGACCAUAAAAUAUGGCACUGCAUGGGGCCUCAUGCGGGCAGGAGUGCUAGCCAGACCAGAGGAAUGCCCUUUGGUAUCAAAGCAGCAGAAGCGGAAGAAGCAACGUGCUGCGAAGAGCAGUACGCACGGCACAUCAGGAUCUUCAUCAUCACAACGGCGCUAUCCCUCUCAGUUCCUUGGUGAAGGGAGAGCUUCAAGGAAGAAACAAUCCUCCGAUCAUAGCAGAAUGAAUGUAUCCGACAACGACAACAUCGGCACUAUGCAUUCGAAGAAACAAUCAAAGCGAGGCAAUGUUUCCGCCUCUGGUGAGAUCAUUCCUGAUGGUUGCACCAAUAUAAAGCCUGACACUCUCAAUGAUAGACAGCAAGCAUCAGACAGAAGAGCAUCGUUCACCGUCGAUAACGCAGACAGCAACAAAACGGCAACGUGCGCAACCCGACAUGCACAGCAACAACAGUCUCAUCAUGUGAGAUCUUAUGUAGGAGCAAAGAAGCAAAGCCUUGCGCCUGAACAUCGAAGAAGGAGCAAGUGCAAAGCUGAGUCUCCGCACCGGCAUCGACAACAAUCAAAAAGUUUGUCGUCGUUUGAUCAAAGAACCAAAAGAAGACCAGUUGCAGCAAACAACCAGAAGACUCGCACAGAUGGAUGGCAAUCAAAGAGACGAGCUCCUGUCUCUCAUGCAACUAAUAAUCAUACGGAUACGCAGAGCCGUGCGAAUCCCAAACGCGUCAAGUACAGCAGCAGAACUCAAACAGACGGCAGAAGGGUACAAAUCAAAGAGUAUGAUAUGUAUGACUUUUGUGAGUUGUUUGAUGCAAGAUGA